GGCGGGGGCGGUGGUCCCCCCUGUGGCCAUGUCGGUGUCCACAGGGUGUCGUGGCCCCGCGAACCUGCGCUCUCAGUCCCGGCCCGGCCCGAUCCCGGUGCCCUCCCGGGGGUCCGGCAGAGGGCAGUGACCGGCGAUCUGUGCGUCCGGGGGCCCCGGAGAAACCGGAGGUCCGAGGGGAUGGCUGCGGACAUGCAGAGGAAGAGAAGCAUCGAGUGCCCCCAGGGCACCUUGGCUCCAGCCGAUGGGCAGAGUGUGGAGAGAGCAGAGAGCCCCACCCCGGGGCUGGCCCAGGGAAUGGAGCCAGGUGCCGGGCAGGAGGGUGCCAUGUUCGUCCACGCCCGUUCCUACGAGGACCUGACUGAGCCGGAGAAUGGGGCGGCUCCUGGGGAGAACUCCGAGGAGGGUGCCGGGGGCCCACCCCCACUGCCCGCGGACAUGCGCCAGAUCAGCCAGGACUUCAGUGAGCUGAGCACCCAGCUGACAGGCGUGGCCCGGGACCUGCAGGAGGAGAUGCUGCCGGGAAGCUCGGAGGACUGGGCGGAACCCCCGGGGGCCUCCGGGAGGCCGGCCACAGAGCCCCCCAGGGAGGGUGCCGGAGACAGCGAGGAGGAGGAGGCCGCGGAGGCCUGGCGGCUGCACCAGAAGCACGUGUUCGUGCUGAGCGAGGCGGGGAAGCCCGUGUACUCCCGCUACGGGUCCGAGGAAGCCCUGUCCAGCACCAUGGGGGUCAUGGUGGCCCUCGUGUCCUUCCUGGAGGCCGACAAGAACGCCAUUCGCUCCAUCCACGCGGAUGGCUACAAGGUCGUGUUCGUGCGCCGGAGCCCCCUGGUGCUGGUGGCGGUGGCGCGCACGCGGCAGUCGGCGCAGGAGCUGACGCAGGAGCUGCUCUACAUCUACUACUCCGGACUCUUCACCAGCCCUGAAAUGGAGGCCCCGUACACCAGUGAGGAGGAGCAGGAGCGGCUGCUGGGCCUCUACCAGUACCUGCACAGCCGAGCCCACAAUGCAUCCCGCCCCCUCAAGACCAUCUACUACACAGGCCCCAACGAGAACCUCCUGGCCUGGGUGACAGGUGCCUUUGAGCUCUACAUGUGCUACAGCCCCCUGGGCACCAAGGCGUCCGCCGUGGACGCCAUCCAUAAGCUGAUGCGCUGGAUCCGCAAGGAAGAAGACCGCCUCUUUAUCCUGACGCCCCUCACCUACUGAUGGGGACCCGGAGCCUGCUGGGCCCUGGGAGCACGGGAGCCAUGGGGACUCCAGGCGGGGCUGGCCCUCUCUUGCCCAGGCAGCAGGCGGGGACUGUGGGUGUGGGCAUUAAAGUGCUUUGGGGA